CAAAGUUUUAGGUGGAUUAUUUAUUAUAAUUUGGUAAAAUGGUGUCUCUACCAUGGAACUAAACUAAUUCAGUAGGCAGGUACGUCGUUUAAUUAACCAUAUCCUUAUCUUCUUUAGUUUUUCAGAAGUUUUUUAAUCUUCCAGGAGUGUUUUAACCUUCCGCUAGAAACUCAGCAAAAGUUGCUGUGCAUCGGAGCUGGAUGGAUGGAUAGAAUUGAUGGAUUGAUGGAUUGAUGCAUUCAAACGAUUAAUGGAUUCCUUCGACAGAAUUAGAGAUGAUUCGGUGACUUUCCCUAAUCCAGAGAAAGCUGUACCCGUGAAUUAAGACGUUCUUUCCAAAUCUUUGAAAAUAAAAAAAUAUUGUAUUCGUUAACACAUGUUUAUCAACAUGAUUUAGUAUUAAUAAGGUUUCACAAACAAUAUAAUAUAGUUGUAAAAUUACUAUGUGCGUUUUUCCUUUUCUAAAUUAACGAAUAUGCCUCGCGGUAGUAAACAUCACCGCGAAAAACCUUCUGACUACUGGAAUGAGGUUUCAAAAAAGGUUGCUAAUACUAAGUAUGUGAGGGAGACCCAUGAUGAUUCUUUCAGGUAUUCGGUAGCACCCGAAAUUCAGCCUGAAAAAAAAUUCAAAGUACAGUUCAUUGACGCUAUGCGCCCUUCUUUAGAAGGAGCAGCGAUGGCUAAUUCAAAUAUUAUGAUAUUGGAACAUUACAAUAUUGUCAUAAGGAAGGAUCAUCUUAUGUUUAAUAAUCAAGUUAAACUAAUAACUGGUGGAAAAACUGGCCAUGAACCUCUUUUUAUUAGUUAUGUUGGUCCCGGAAUGUUAACAGCGGCCGUUGUCGGAUCUAAUGGUUCUGCUCCCUCUGCCAGUGAUAUUUAUGUCUGCUUGAAGGAAUUAUCUUACAAUCACAACAGUGGAAUUCUGGCGAUAGUUCCCAAUAGUUUCGAGGAAGUUGUCAAUUUUGGGUUAGGCAUCGAAAAAGCCAGGUGUAAAGGGAUAUUAGUCGAUAUGGUUACAAUUGGAGAUGAUUGUUGGGAAUCUGGUAAAUUAAGAUUUGGAAGACGCUGCCUUGCUGGAAUUGUUCUAGCCUAUAAGAUUGCUGGAGCUAUGGCAGAAGACAAAAAAAAUAUGAAAGACAUAUUUCUAAGGAUAAAAAAAUUAUGCAUGGGUACGAUAUCAUGCCACAUGUAUAAAACGGCAUUUAUUGGUACAGAUUUAAAUGCAGGAACUGGAUUAUAUACUCCGGAAGUUAAUGUAUGCCAAAUAAUAAAAUCCAUGCUGGAUUAUCUCGUCGAUCCCAAGAAAUAUUUUGCACUUCCAAUAGAUACAACGUCUUCAUAUUUAUUAAUGAUUAACAGUUAUACAUGUGACAGAUUUUUUCUUUAUUCAUGUCUUAAAGAAGUAAUACAACAACUAUCAUACAGAGAAAUAAAUAUUGUGCGAAUCUAUGCCGGGACUUUUGUUUCUGGAGAAAGAGGCUUUUCAAUUACUCUGCUUGAUUCUGAAAAUGAUAUAAAAUUGCUUAGGUACACCGAUUCUGCUUGCUCAUGUCACUUUUGGCCACGUAUCGACCUCAGGGGAGUGCCACCACUUGUUAAAGGACCCACCCUGCCAGAUCAGAGUUUUAAACUCGUACCGAUGGGACCCUAUGUUGAAAAGAAAGAAUUCAUUGAUAUCCCAUUGAAGUUUGCAUGUAAAGCAUUGAUAGCUUCAGAAACAGUUUUGAACCGUUUAGAUGCAACCCUUCACAACUUUGGCACUUCUAUCCUUCCAGCUAUACAAUUGAUAAAUCAAAGAUGUUAUGUUGAAACAUUUCCGAGAGAAUACCCAUACAAUCUUUUGAAUAUGAUUGGUUUUAUAUGCCAGGAUAAUAUUGCAAAUAUUCAGGGAACAAUUCUGUACAUAUUCUUCUUGGGUGCUGCACAGGCUUUUUUAAACUAUUCCCGAGAAGUUACUGUAACAUUCGAAAUGUGGGUCGAUGCAGUGAACCGUGGAGUGGAUUCCGUUAAAGCCUUCACUCAGAUCAAUGAAAACGAUUUGUCGCUGUUGUCUUCUCUUUCACCGUUUGCACUUACUUUGAAGUUUUUCUCGGAAAACAAGUCAGAAGAUUUAGAGGAAAUGCUUGAAGACGCACUUACAAUAACAAAUAAAGUUCUUAAGGAUACAUUACCUUUGAAUGCUCCUGAUAAAAUGCCAGGAAUGCCUGAAGUAGCGGGACAAACUGGCCUUAUCUGUCUAACAGCAAUAGUUGAAGGAUAUCGAUUAAUUAACCGUCAAGCUGAGGGAAAACAACGGACGCCUACCAUAUCAGAUAUUUCUUUAGACGGUGACAGUAGCGAAACGAAUGCUGAAACUAUAGUGAUUUGAAAAGAAGUGUUGUUUUUUUUAAAACACAAUAUUAUGUAGAUUUUAAAAUAAAUUUUUAUUUAUAAGAAAGUUGAAUCUCUUCUAUGGAAUAAAAGAUUUUUAAUUUUGUAAUCAA